AUGGAUGAAUCAAGUUUAGGAGAAACAUCAGUAUUGAUUAUUGAUCAUGGUGUUCCUUUGCCUGUACGUGAUAAUCGACAUGCCUAUGAAAGACAGCUAGCAGUAUAUUUUAUUCUUGCAAGCACUAUUUUUGAACGUUUAGCAUUUUAUUCAUUAGCAAUUAAUCUUGUUGUUACACUAAACUCAGCGGAACUAAAUUGGGAUUCUUCAACUAGUACAACUGCUUCAUUUAUUUUUUUUGGUACAAGUUAUAUUUCAACACUUAUAUUUGCUGCAAUAAGUGAUGCAAAAUUAGGUAGAUCGAAAACAAUAAUUAUUGGUUUUGUUCUCUAUUUACUUAGUUAUAUAAUCAUAAUCUUAAUUGCAAAUACCAAUACACAUCAAUCUAUAUGCAAAGGUACAUCGGGUACACAUACAUCUGUAUUUUCCGAACAUUGUGGACCUCAAAUUAUUGGAACACUUAUUUUCAUGGCUAUUGGUGUUGGAGCUGUUCAAGCAAAUAUGGCUGUAUUUGGAGCUGAACAAAUUCAUGAAUCAAAAAUUACAUCACGAUAUUUUGAUAAAUAUUAUGUAGCAGUAAAUAUUGGUGCAAUUAUUGCAAUAUUAUCCAUUCCUAUAAUACAAACGGAUUUAAAUGAUCAAACUCAUUCUAAUAAUUAUUUUUAUGGAUAUUUAAUUGCUAUUUUCAUGCUCUUUGCUGCUGCUCUAUUAUUUAUUAUUGGUCGUCAAUAUUAUAUUCAUACACGUCCUCAUGAUACAAUCGUUACGAAAUGUAUUCCAGUUAUUAUAAAUGCAUUUCAAACAUGGCGUGAACAUCAUAAAAAUAAAUCAAAAUUAGGUAGAAAUCGUACAGAUUCUAUUUUAAGAAAUUUAUUCAGUAGACAAAAUACGAUUAGUCAAGAAGGAAUAAUACAAAAUGAUGAACGAUCACUUUCAUUUCUUGAUUAUGCAAAAGCAACUAAUAAUGGAAAAUGUCUUGAUCGACAUGUUAAUGAUGUUAAAUCUCUUCAAAGAUCUAUAAUUGUAUUUCUGCUUCUAAUUCCAUAUUGGAUUAUUUAUUAUCAAGUUCAAAUAACUUUUCCUUUACAAGGUCAACAAAUGAAUAUACCAUUCUUAUCUAAGGAUAAAAAAAUGCCUAUUAGUUGGAUGUCACUUGGUGAUUCAGUAACAAUUAUUAUUAGUGUUAUGAUUUUAAUAAAAUUUGUCUACAAAUAUAUGGAUAUUCAAAAUCGAACAAUGAUAAUCAAGAUUAAACUUAUCAUUGGUAUGAUUUUAGCAUCAUUAACGAUGUGUAUUGCUGGUAUAAUUGAAAUAUUUCGACAAAAGCAUUGUACAAAAGAAAAAGACGAUUCAGAUUUGAGUAUCUUUUUUCAAUUACCACAAAAUAUAUGUAUGGGUCUUUCGGAAGUAUUUGCUACUGUGGCCAGUCUUGAAUUUGCUUAUUUAGCUGCUCCACAAUCAGCUCAAUCAUUAUUAAUGAGUCUACAAUUUUGUUCAUUAGGAUUAUCAUCAUUUAUUGGUAAAGCAUAUCUUUCUAUGUAUUCAACUACUUCAAAUGGUUUAGAUUUUAGUUGUCUAUCUCUCAAUCAAUGGACUUUUACGACUUAUUUUUUCAUUCUUGCUGGUCUUCAAGUAGCUUUUAUAAUUGUUUUUGUUUUAUGUGAAAAAAAUUUUCAAAUACUUAAAUUAAAUCCACAACAAAGAUAA